AUGGACAACAAAGUAGUUCACCACAGAGGAAGGCGAUUCAAGAGAGCUUCUGAUAAGAGUGACAUUGCCUCAUCUGCUCUACCACCACCUACCCCACCAUCUAGAAAGAGCAGAGACUUGAUAGAUGCUUCCUUUUCAUACAAGCGUUUCAAGCCCCUACCGUCCAUCGACUCCAGAGAUGCACUGGUGGAGACAGACUCAGCCAUUGACGUACGAUCACCGAACCACCCCUCGAGUCACAUGACAUGGUCACACGAUCAUCUCCCGCAUACGCACAAACCAACUAUUAUACCGAGAGAGCAACCGCUAACAGUUCCACCAGAGCCCUCAGUACACGACCCAGACUGUGUGACACUGUGUGUCAGACUACCCGACGGAUCAAGAGCUCAGAGACGAUUCGACUAUUCCAUACACACCCUCAGCUCCCUAUUAGCCUUCGCUAUGACGUCCCUGCCUAAAGGAGUGGGUGCAGUUUCUCCGUCUGAGGUGGAGUUGGCCACCAGUACAGUGCCCAAGGUGGUGUUCAGAGACUGGUCACUGACACUGGGCCAAGCUGGACUGACUCAGAACACACUACUGUGUCUGUCUAUUCUUUGACUGAUUUACAUGUGUAUCAUUCAAAUUUCUCUCUUUGAUUCUGUUAAUUCUUUUGUUUGAAAUUCUGUUCAUUUUGUUAUUCGCCAAUAUUAUUAAUUGUCACAUAAUUAUAAUUAUCUUCAACACAA